AUGAGGAAAGCAUGGCUUCUCCUCCUACUGUUAUUGAGCCUUUCUUGUGCUCAAUACAGUGGAGUUAUUAUGAAAAGCUGUUCUGGUUGACGCUUGAACAGGCUGCCACUUGUAAAAAAAUUCAUUAGAGAAGACUCCGAAUUCUAUAACUUGGAAAUUAUAUAUGAGGGCGGAGAUCCCAGACUUAUCUUUAUAGACGAAACCGGCAAAGAAGCUGAGACCGUAAACGUCUCCGACUUGGAUCAAAAAGGUAUCAAAAAGGUGCUGGAAGACCAUGGGUUUUACCCAACUCACUAA